AUGGGCAGCAUUGAACAUGUCGAGUUCAAGACGAUUGAUGGUCUCACGCUGCGCGGACAUGUUUAUCAUUCUGGGGUCCGCGGACCGGGUGUAGUCAUGUGUCCUGGGUUCAACUGCGUCAAGGAAAUGGCCGGCCUGCCCAGCGUUGCGAAAACGUUUAUGGAUAAUGGGAUUACAGCCCUCGUUUACGAUCCGCGCACGGUUGGGGAAAGCGAUGGUCAGCCCCGCAACGACAUCGACCCUUCCCCACAGAUUCAGGACUACUCCGAUGCAAUUACAUAUCUGAGUAAGCUUCCAAAUGUGAACGCAAACCAAAUCGGUCUCUGGGGGAUAUCGCUGGCGGCAAGCGUAGCGCUGUGUACCGCUUCUUUUGACAAACGCGCAAAAUGGGUCAUUGCAGCAUGCCCGGUAGCAGAGUAUCAUUACGACAAGAACAUGAUGGCAAAAGUGCUACAAAAGUGCAUCCAGGACCGCGCCUCGCAAAUCAUGGGAAAUCCGCCAUUUUACGUGCCCAUGCUGAACGUGUCCGGCAUCAAUCCAGCCGGCCUGGACUUUGGCUACGAGCGAGAAUACGCCGCAGAGAUGGUGAGGAGGGGGAUCCAAGUCGCGCCCAACCACCAAAAUAAAACCACCAUCCAAUCGUAUCACAAACUUGUCAUGUGGAACCCGUGGCCAAUGUGGAAGCAUCUAGGCUCCACGCCAGUACUAUUUUUAGUCCCGGAAACGGAUCGAUUGUGCCCCCCAGACGUACAAAUACGCCACUUUGAAGCUUUGACAGGACCCAAGAGAUUGCAUGUUCAGAAAGGGAGCGGGCACAUGGACAUGGUUGAAGGAGCACAUGCCGAGGAAGUCUUCAACGUCUCGCUUAAUUUUGUACGCGAUGCCACUGCGGGCACCAUCAUCGACGCCGACUUCUGA